UAAUUAAAUAAUAUAGUUCUCUCGCCUUGCGUACACCAGUAGAUGCAGUUUCGUCCCACGUAACCAAACUGUUGCUUUGCAGGCUCCAGCUCUGCUGCUUCCACCAGAAAUGACAAGUAUACUAGGGAGCCACCCUUGUCUUUGCUCAAGACGAGUUCCUAAGCAUGUUUGGAAGGAAAGAAGUUGCAAAGCUUCAUGUUUUAAUUAUUUGGAUCUAGGCACAUCUUCUAAAGAAUUAUUCUCUCCAAGAUGUCAACAAUUUAUGAGUCGCCGCAACCAAAAUAUUAGAAAACCUUGGACAACUUUUGCUGCUAGAAUGGAUGAUGCAGAGGAUCCAGAUGACUCAGAAGAUGAAGUAGACAAGGAAAUGUCGCCUGAAAACUACAGUGGAUCGGUAAAUAAUGAUGUAUUAAGAGAGAAGCUUGAAAGAAUAGUUGGAAAGGAUGAUUCUUCGUUCAGUGGAAUUGACCUGGCGACUCUAAUACGGAAUAAAUAUGGCCGGUCCUAUGAUGUUCAAUUAAUAAAGAAGGAAUUCAUGGGAAGAAAUCUUCUGGCUUUAAAUGUAAUGUGGAAGUACAUGGAACAGAGAUCCUUUCCACUUACUGAAGAAGAGUACCUACUUAGGCUAGAUGAUGUAGCAAACACGUUGAAGUGCUGGGGAGCUGUCUCACAUGUUCGUAAUACCCUUGAAAAUGUGAAAGAGCGGCCUCGGAUAGGCAAGGCAGUGAGCAUUUUUAUAGAUAUGGAUGAAUCUGGCGGCCGUGCAAACGAAUGGAUAUACAAGUAGAAAGUUUAGAACGCCAAAUAUUAAAUAUCAGGGAGCAAUGAUCUCCAAUCAAUUCACUUAGUUGCUGUUGAACAGGGCACAACUCACAGCCAAAUCACCGUAUAAUGUGUUGUAGAACGAGUCACGCAUUAGAAUUCCAUUCUGAUGACUUUCUGCAGUUUCUGGGCAGGGUGAUAUGUUUGGACAAUUGCAGUAUAAAUUCAAUGAUAUUUUCAUAUAUUCUUUCUUUUGUUCC